UCCGCAACGACUUUUCAGUUCAAACUACCGCGGGGCCCACCCCGACCGCGCCUAAUCACUUCUCGCAUAGAAAAAAAAAAUAUUAAAAAAAAAACUCAACCCACCCGACGCGAACGGCGAGCAAGUAUCUCCUGUAAAGUGCCUUCGUAAUUGGCGAAUUUACUUGAAAAGUUUUUGUUUGUGAAGUGUCCACUCUGUGUUUGGGAUUUUCAGUAUUAUUGACAAUGAAAUUUGUAUGCUGGUAACUCAGCGGCAAUGGGAUGACCCCAAUCCGACCACGGUCACAUCAUCUCCCCAAAAUGAUCCCUUGCACCUGGCCCACCACACUCUUCUUCUUAAUAUGGCUUUGCAACGAUGUCGCAUCUAAGAGGAAUCACACUCUAAAGCCUAGAGUAGUAUUACCGGAAAACUAUGUUAAAGAAAUGCGUCCACCAGCACGCAAAGGACAGCCAGUUAUGGUGGAAUUCAGCAUCUACGUGGUCGACGUAAACUCUAUAAAUGUGGAAGAUAUGGAUUUCAGAGUCGAUAUGUUUAUCCGACAAACAUGGAGAGAAAGCCGACUCCAACUUCCCGAGGACAUUUUUGAAGAAGGCGACGAUCACGUGACACUGCCUCCGGAAUUUUUCGACAACCUAUGGCAUCCGGAUCCGUACUUUUUAAAUUCCAAAGUUACAGGAGGAGCGUUACAUUACCGUCAUGAAUCGGCUGAGAUCGCGGAGUUGACGCACAAAUUUUCUUCAGUGACAUUGUACAGGAAUCAAACGGUGAGGUACGCGGCCCGUAUGCAUGCGAUCAUCGCUUGCCAGAUGGAAUUUCAACUCUACCCCAUGGAUAUACAGUCCUGUCCAAUUUACAUAGAGAGCUUUUCUUAUAGCAAUCAGAAAGUAAGAUUCCGAUGGAGCGAGUCCGGGGUGACCAUCAAUCCUGAACUGAAGCUGCUUCAGUAUCACAUCGGGCAACCGUUGCGUUUGGAGGAGACGAACGGAUAUAUGAUCGAUAAGGACGGUAACUACUCCAGACUAGUAGUGUACUUCAGAUUCGAGCGUCAGAUCGGUCACCACCUCAUCCAAACCUUCGCGCCAUCGUCCCUCGUAGUAAUGUUAUCCUGGUUCAGCUUCUGGUUGGACCUGGACGCCAUUCCGGGAAGAGUGACUCUACUAGUCACCUGCAUGUUGACCCUGGUCACCAUGUUUACAGGACUACGAGCUGAUAUACCACCGGUCGCAUAUGUGAAAGCACUGGACUUGUGGAUGGCGGGGUGUAUGAUGUUUGUAUUCGCAGCGCUCGGAGAGUUUGUUGUAGUUAAAGUAUUAGAUAAACAAUACCAAGUGAACAAGAGCAAAAUGCAAGAAGCCCUGCCGAGAAUUAUUCCUGUGAGAUUAAACGGGGAGAAGGGUUCGUGCGGCACGGUGGCCGCGUGGGAAGGCAGCGGCGUCAGAUGCCGUAAGGUGGACAUCACGUCGCCGACGUCGCCGCCGGCCGCCACGCCGGCCGUCCACCCGGCGCCGUCUGCGCCUCAUAGCAACCCGCAUUUAGUCGGCGUCGAGCGACGGCAGAGCAUAUUACAAGUUGCCUGGUUAGACGCCGACACUGGUCAAGAGCGAGUACUGUGGCGAGAGAUUGACAAGCUGUCGCGCGUGGUGUUCCCCGCACUGUUCCUCCUUUUCGUCACUAUGUAUUGGCCAGUGCUGUUACUCAAGACGAAAACUUCAUCAUAACAAUUACAGCAUCCGGAAACAUGAGAAUGUCAUAGUGAAUUUGGUAAAUUUAAGGAUAUUUUCUUAGAUACUGUAUUAUGUAGGGUGACAUCAAAUUCGUUAGCUUCAUUACAGGAGAAUAUUGUAUAGAUAAAAAAUUAAUAUUUUUCCUAAAGAAUCAUCGAAAUCGAUAAAAUUUUGAGCUUCUCAUAAAGAACAAAACAUGAUAGACAUUUUAGUAUGAGAGAAUUACAUUUUUUUAAAUAAUCAAUUUCAUUAUUAGAACAAUGUUUUGAAAAAAAAAACGCUAUAUAUUUGUUUUCACCCUGUAUAUUGAGGAAUCGAAAACCGUUGUGCGCCUUGUGAUUUCUAGUCGGUCGCUUUACGUCGUUUAAACUAUUGUUGCUUGAAAGGAAAUUUAUGUAAUUUAAAUAAUUUACAAAAUAUACAUAUAUAAAUAUUAUAUAUACUCUCUUUCAAUAGAACAUAAUGAAAAGUUAAACAAAUUUUAUUAUAAAUUAUCUCAGAAAUCUUCUCUAAAUGAAAUUAGUGUCAAAUCGAAAGACUCAAAUUUCGAACACACGUUUAGAUUUUUAAUUUUUACUAUUAUUGAACAUCAGCCAGUGUUGCCUCUCUAUCUUGCUUUUGUAAUUAAUUUUUCGUAAUUAUGUUAAUGGGGAAGAAAGUUUCUUAAGUGGCGACCACAUACAGGCGAAUGCAAUGUAGGACAACCCCCCAAUAGAUAGAGUGAUGACCUCAUAUACAUUGCAAGGAAUCAGUGAAUUCAGGUAGCUCAGGACCGUUCCUUAUGGCAGUGUUAUGUGGGAAGCCUAUGUCCAGCAGUGGACAAUUAAUGACUGAGAUGACGAUGAUGAAUUAUGUUAAUAUUGUUUUUUUUAUGAACAUAUUGCUGAUCGUUGUUAUUUAUUAUCUUUGUUAUUAUUUUAUUAAUAUCUCAUUUUUUAACCGAAACAAUAAAGAGUUUUCAUAAGUUUCAUUUCAUUUGUUCACUUUUUUUAUUUCGUUCUAUUGAAACAGAUCAUAGUUUUAUUAUAAUAGUGAUAAUACUUUACAUAUGCCACAAAUGGUCAAAUGUUAAAUUUCAAUUUCGAAUCUAUAAACUUGUUAUUACAUAUCAAAACUAAUUAUGUAUGUAAGUUAAAAAAUAAAUCUAAUAGUUCUGGCUUUAGUUGGAAGCACAGACUAAUUACUCGCAGAGUAACAAGUUAUUAUGUAUAACUCAUUGUUUAAUAUUUAACCGUAGUACAACUCAUUGCAUUUCAAUACUGUUCUCAGUGGCUAUAUAAUCUUUAAAUAGGGACAUUAAUUGCAUACAUUAAUAAUUAAAAUAUUUCAAAUAAAUUAUUCAAAUAUUGAUGAUAAUAAUGAUGAUGAAAUAAUCAUCAUCUUCAUAUAUUUUUCAUUUAAACAUAUUUAUUUAUUUAUUUAUUAUGCACUGCAAUAACUGAAGAUUUUAUUUCACAAAAGACACAUAUACAUGAUUGAUAUCUACGUGAUCAAUAUGGGAUAAAAACCCAUUUAUUAUAAAAGAUGUAAAGGUCACAAAGGGUAAGUAAAUAUAUGGUAAACCUACUAUACGUAAAUACAAUUUUCUAAAUCUCCCUUAAGCAUGAAAGGAAAUGGAAUCUACACGUAAAUAGAUGUUAUACUUCUAAUAAUGUAAAUACGUCUACUUUUUAAAAUAAUCUUUAUAUAUGUAUAUUUUGAAGUCUUAAAUAUUUUAGAUAUUAUAUUAAUACAUUAAUAUAGUUAAUUACACAUUAACAAGUUAAAAGAAAUAAAAAAAACAACUGUGAUUGUUGAAUUUUAAUUUCACACUUUAUCCGACCAAAAAUACAAUAAAUUUAUUUAAAUGGAAAUACUUAAAAAUGUUAUAAACAUAUAAUAAUUACAUAAACAUAAUUUAUAAUUUAAUUAUUAUAAAUAUUUAAUGUUAUUAUUGUGUUAUAUUUAACACUGUAUGAAAUCAAAUUCUUACAAUCACAAUUGUACAACUUUGUUGUUUUAUUACGAUAUUUUUAUGAAUUGUUAUAAAUACACCUGAUAAAAUAUUAAAUUAUCCAGAUAAAUACUUUUAUAAUAUAAAAGUGUCAGAAUAAAGUUUAAUUGUUUUAUUAUUACUGUAAUUGUAAAAAAAUAAACUGUAAAAAAUAUGCACAAAUUUUAUCUAUAAUGAUAAUAAUAAUAAUUUAGGAAAUAAGUCAUAUUCCUGUUUGAAAAUCUUAUUGUUUAUUUUUAAAUAAAAUGUAAAAAAUAUUUUUAGUUAUUUAUAUUAGAUACGGGUAACGAUACAACGAUACGAAGCGUUAAAAAUAAUAUUACAUUCCUUAUGUUAUAAAUAUGUUAUAUAUGUGAUAGAGGUGGGUAAUAUAUACCAUAUAUAUAGUUACAAUAUGUAUAUACUGGUCUAAUAACGUAUUCGUUAUUGGACCAGACCAUUAUAACAUAUUCGGAAAUAGAUAUCGGACCGAUAUGGACGAUAUCGAAAUGGGUGACGACCUUUUUUUCACCAUCAAUGUCUAGAAAAACCUAAUAUAAUCGGAUCGUUAUCCAUAUUAUCUAUGCCUAAUAUGUGAAUUGUUAUUGUACUAUUAAUAUGCUUAGUGUCUUCAAAUCGUCCAUUAUAGAGGUGAUAAAAAGAACAAAAAUUUAUUUAUUAUAUUUAUGAAAUAAAUAAUACAUAUACAAAUGUAAAUACUUAAAUAAACGUAAAAUAAAUAAUCUUUAAAAAAUUAACAAAAAUUUAAAAGUUAACAAUCACUUUAUUUUGCACUUUCCAUUUUGUUCUGUAAUGCUCAUAAAUAAUUUUAAUUAAACGUGUUUUAUUGUCACAAUUUUGUAUAAAUACUAAAUAGUGUUAAUCGCUUUUCAAAAUAUAUAAAUUAUUUGUAGCAAUUGAAUAAUUAAGGUGCUGAUAGUUUAGAAGAAAAGGUGAUUGUAAUAUUUAUAAAGAUUAUACAGGCUGCUGCAUAGUUAAAAAUAGGUAAAGGAAUAUAAAAUAAUGUUAGAGUAUUCUUUGUUCUUUAUGUUAAGUAAUUAAAUAUUAUGAAUGCCGUAAAUGACACAUACAUACAUACAUACACACACAUACACACACACACACACACACAUACGCACGCACGCACACACACACACACCCGACCGCACGUACGCACGCACACACCCGCACGCAUCAGCACACACGUACGCACACACAUGUACGCACACACACGUAUACCCAAAUAGUUUACUUCCGUCCAGUUUGUUUUUAUCACUUCCGUGACGCAAUGAAAAACCUUUGUGGAGAUUGUAAGGAAGGCACGGUUUUCCCGAAAUUUCCACGGAAACGGAAAAUAACAAUUUCCGCUUGUGCGCGUCCAUGGCCAACGGCUAGCAAUUUAUAAUCGAAACCUAUUUUCAAAUAUCUCAAAUAGUUUCGUUGAAUAUAGCUAAUGUGUUAAAUAUAAAACAUACUAGCAUUUAUCCGCGACUUUAUCCUUAUUCACUGACUGAGAAAAAGAAUAGCCUAUGUCCUUUUCCACCUCACAUGUAUAUUAAACUUUAUAUCAAUAAAAAUAAAUAUUACAUAUGCAACAGCCUGUAUAUUCAAUAAAGGGUGCUUAUAUCAUCAAGUCAUUGAGUCGCAAGGUUGCAACCAUUUUCCAGCUUUAAGUCAUUGUGAUAGCUUAUAUUUGUAAACAAUUAUAUUUGAAAUUCCGUUGUCAUAAUAAAUAUAAAAUUAAAUAAUAUAUUUAAGGUUAUAAAUUUAGAAAUUAGAGUAAUUUUGAACAAA